ACGCGCGAUGACUCGCCAGCCAAUCAGCGGUCGGUAAAUAUUCAAAAUCCAACCGCCAUUGGUGUGUGUAUUGCUCUAUAAUAACCUGAAUGGUGUGUUGUACGUACGUUUAGAAUUGUCUUUUUUAAAUUUCGCGUCCACUUCAAGUCUCAGCUGUGGGAUCAUUACACACGGGUGCUGAUCAUUUUUGCCUUUGCUGCUUUGCAAAUCCCCGGGUUUCAAGGUGGUUGGAGGAGAGAGAGAGGGAAGGAAGGGAGGCCAUGAACGCCGCCGAUAAGGAGAACGAGACGGCCACUCUGCCACAGCCUAAGCUGGUGACUCAGAAUAUCGCGAGGACUUCAAAGAAUCCUCUUGUUUCCCAGAAUCCCUCAACAGUUUUCAAGGAGCCUUCCUCGGUCACCAAAAAGACUCCCGUGCGUGUCCAGAGAACGCCAUGUGUCACCCAGAAGACACCGCAGCCCAACCACAAGCUUUCACCUGUCAUCCAUACAAUUCUGACAUCUGAUCAAAAUACUGAUCCAGUCGAACAAGGGAUUCCUCAAGUGGCUGAGCGGCAGACUCCACUAACUGUUCAUAAAGCAGCUGCAGCUGACCAGAAUGCUCAUUUGGUAGACAAAAAAACUACACCCAUUACACAGAAGAGGCUGCCGCAUGCCCAGAACGCUUCUCUGAAUUACCGGACGAAUCUUCCAGUUGACCCGAAGACUCCGCAGUUCCACUGGAAGAAGCUGCCCUCUUCCCGGGUGUUGACUGCAACGUCUGUCAUAGCGUCGUGCUCGCUCACACCGCUCUUCCACCGGCUGAAACUGCAGGAUGGACACCACGAGCAGUCAAGCACACGAUCUAUGGGUGCGCUGAUUGCUCAAGACAAGUGUGCGGAGUUUGAGGAAUUCCCCACAAAGACUCUGGACAAACAGGCCAACCUGAUUACUCAACAGGCCCUACUUGCGGAGUCUGAGCAAAACAUCCAAGAACAAUACAGGCCGGCAACAAAACGAGACGUGGGCGCACAGACUGAUGAAGAAGAUCUGAAAUGGCCAGAGGCACUCGUUGAAGACUCUACGACUAAACCGGUGACGGCACAGCAGUGCCCUGGGACCAGUCCACACUAUAAUGCAGAGCAGCAUUCCCUGGAAUCAGGCAAUCAGUUGAUAGAAGAAAACAUGGAGACUUGGACAGAUGAAGAGGGGCCUAUACAUUUAGGGAAGAUCACCAAAGAGACCAUAGAUACACAGUCAGAGCAGCAUACACGGCGGCCACAAGGCGACUCGGUAGCGAUGGACACGGAGGCACAGACGGCCAUAGAGGAGCAGCAACAGUUGUGGCAGUACAUUGAAGAGACCGUGGUUAAACAGUGUGUCUCCGACGCGGAGCUCGGUUACCGGGGGCUGUACGAGCGCGUGGCGGCGAGAGCUAUCGAGCUGGAGGGGAUCGAAGAGGAGCACUUGGAGCUGUGCCAGCUUGUCGGAGAGGCGAUAGCCAAGCAGAACGCCAGGGCGGAGGAGAGCGAGCGGGUGGAAGCCCUCACGCAUCGCGUCAUCCAGGACCUGAUGACGCAGAUGGAAGAGAAGAAUCUGCAGCUGGAGGAGUCGACGCAGAUGCUGGACAACGCUCGCGUGAUGAUGAGCACGCUCUGCGACCAGCUACGGGCCAACGCCGAGCGUCUCCGCCAGGAGCUGCGCAACAUGACCGAGCAGCUGAGUGAGGAGAGGGCGGAGUGGGCAACCGAUCGACUCAGGCUGGAGGAGGAGUGCUCGGUGCGCUCCUCCGAGGUUGACGCCACCCGUGCCGAGUUGGCGUUGCUGCAGAACUCGCUGCGGGCAGCGCUCGAGGAGCUGACUACACAGAAGAACCACGUACAUCAGCUGACUGAUGAACGGCGCGAGUUGACAACCCGCGUAGAGAACAUGCAGUUCCUAGAGGUUGAGAAUAAGUUAUACAUGGAUGAACGCAUGGCGUGGGAAGAGCGGCUAAAUGCCACCUGCCACGAGCUGAAGGCGUCGCGGAUCGCGGAGUGUGCUGCACGUGACGAGACGCGGGACUUGCGCAGCGAGCUUGCGCAGGCAGAGCGCGAGGUGACGGCGCUGCGCAAGGAGCUCCAUGCCAAGGAGCAGGAGCUCCAAGGCAUCCAGGAGGAGUGGACAGCAUCGGGAGCACGGGCGGAGCAGGAGACAGCCUUUCUGCAGGAGUGCUACGAGCUCAAGCUCCAGCUGCAGAAGUGCGAAGAGAGGCUGACGGACGCGUACCGGGAUCGACACUUGGCGCAAGUCGACGUCGAGAUGCUGAAAGAGGAGCUGCUCCAGCUGGCCUCCGCGCAGCAGGAGCCGAAGUCGGACAAAACGGAAGAUUGGAUCACUGAGAAGAUCCGACUGAAGCAAGAGCUGAACCGGAUGACGCAGAUGAAGCUUGAGAAAGAAGUGGAACUCGGAGAAUGCAACAGACGUUACAAGAGACACCGCUACGUGCUGGAGGAGAAUGAGAAGUUCGCCAACAGCGAGGUGGAGGAGCUGCAGUCCUUGAUCGGCAGGGCAAUGCAGAAACUGCUGUCGGCUUCUGGUCAUGCCCUGGGGUGCAAGGCCGUCGCGGACACCGUGGACCUCCUGAGCACAGCGCUGAUAGAAAAAAGAAAGGACGAAUGCGGCGACUUCUGAACACGUGUGGCUUUGUGGCGAGCGGUAGCGUAGCGGCUGGCGCACUGCGCCUCAAAACCGGUGACCCGAGGUUCGAUUGCCAUUUCACGGCUUACAUUGGUGACGAAUAUCUUAAACCGUCCUGGGCCUCCCCGAGCUCGACCCGUACUUAAAUAUAAGUACCCGGUGCGCUUUGUGUUUGUGUAUACAUCGGGGAGACGCAGGCAGCCGAGCGUAGUGCUGCCCUGCCGACCUUCGCACGAGCUCGCUUAACAGAACUUGCUCCAAACGGCUGUUUUAAACGCUGAACGGUCAUAUUCGUGUUCCCUUGAAAGUGUAGAAAAAAACACAAGCUAUUAGUGCAGCCCUGCAGUUACCAGCUCCUACCACUGCUUGUGGAAGGCCCUUAAUUGCAGAGCGCUCCAGAAAUUCCGCUCUUUCCAGAGGCUAUUUUGGCCACAUGGCAGCAGAUCGAUGAAGGGGCCCAUAAGACGUGGCUCACGGUGGCUGUAUCGGUACCGUCAAAAUUAAAAACUGGAAUUUCGUUUUUCUCCUCCGUCGUAAAUGACCUCGCCAGAGGCAAUUUACAUGCGGAGUGCCUCUCCAUGACCUCGUGUCCAGGGAAAAUCCACCGGUGUGCCACGGCAACGUUGUCAGCCCAGUCACCGUCAAUAGCGCUCCAGAAAAAAAACAUCAUCACGUUGUCCAAUGUUUGAGAGUUAAAAAAUAAGAAAUAAAAAUGCCAUUUCUAUCUGGGGAUUUUCAGGAGUGGGGGUCCUCAUAUUGGGGUGUUUGGCCAAUGGACUUAAAUUAGUCCGUGGACGAGGGCACUUGAGUUUCUUGUCCUUCCUCCGCACCUCUGAUUAGCAUGGUUGGCUACGUACGAUACGAAAUAAAUUCAACAUACACGCAAGUAUCGAUUGAUAUCUGAGCUGCGGGGUUUGCCAACUCCUUAAGACAGUGAGUUCUCAUUUAACGCAGCAGAUGCGUUCCUGAAAAAAGUGCCGCGUUCAGAGAACUAUUUCCCCACAUAAUAUAACGAUAAAUACGACGUACUACUACUACGCACACGGUACAACGAGAUGGCAGGACAAAUAACUUGAGGGCGUACGCCGCCGCGCUACCGUAUCGAUUGCAUCGCUCAGCCGCGCAGCUCAAGAAAGCAGUUCGUCAUUGAUCGCUCAAACCGUGCGAUUUAUAACGGAGCGCGCGCGUUCCGGGUUGAAACGGCGCACCGGCCGUGCGAUAACGGCGUGAAUUCCCGCGAAAAGUGUUCCCCAAUGGUAGAGCUGCGUUGUUGUGGCAACGCGUUUCACACGCACGGUGGCAUCCUUCCUCGCCUCGUGUACAGGUGUGCCAGCUUGCUGGUGUAUAUAUUCAUGUUUGCAUCUUGCCUUUGUUCUAAAAGUGACUGUGGUUCAUUUUAUGACGGUCCGUUAUACACAAACCCAAUAUGUACAGCUGUAGUUGCAGUAUUAAAUUAACUAUUUUUAGAGCUCUUGACUGCUGCGUGUGGCCCACCAACCAGUGGCUACGCUUCAGUGUCAACCAUUUGGAUGUACAUGAGAUUAAGGUUCAUGGUGUUGCCCGUUUCUAAUCCACAUUUGUCAAUUUGUUGCGGCGACUGGCUUGAUUUUAUCUACUUGUCGGGAGCGUCCUGCUUUCUUCCGCUAAGUAUUUCAAACCAAAAGUGUCGACUUAAUCCGGAUGCAGUAAAAAAAUCAUCUAAUAAAUGCGAUUGCAAAACUUCUUGGAUUCAUGUUUUAAAUCCGUUUCAAAUAAAUGUUGCUGAAAUGUUAAAUUGUUCUUCUGAUGCUGGUAACAUGCAAAUUCAUAUUUUAACUCCGCCCACACAGCUUAAUAGACGCGGUCCUUGCAUGACAGCGUUCAUUCAAGCUCUGUCUUCUGGACAGACCUGUCUCUUCACCUGAAGAAGGCCACUUGUGUUGUGGCCGAAACGUCGUGAGAAUUUUAUUGUCUUAUGUUAUUCCUAUUCUACGUGACUUUACAGAAAAAACCAAGAUGAUGAAUCCUUGCGUGCACGAAAGCUUUAAAUCGAAAUGUUAAAUUGUUGUUUUUUGUCUAAAUUACAGAUUUUAACAUCCAAUAAAUGCGACUGCAAAACUUA